UUUUCUCCAGUUCGGUCUCAGUUCGUCGGAUUCCACUGUGGAUGGAGUUGGUUGUGUUUGUUCUGGGUUUUUCUGGGUUUUUCUUUUCUGAUGAGUGAAGAUGCAGAGUUUCCGCUUGGAUGAUUUUCUCGCAGGAUGGAUCGGCGGUGCCUCCAGUGUGGUGGUUGGACAUCCGUUGGACACAGUGAAGACUCGUCUCCAGGCCGGUCAGGGCUACAGGAACACUCUGCACUGCGUCCUCAGCAUCUACAGGAAGGAAACGGUGUCCGGGUUCUUCAAGGGCAUGUCCUUCCCUCUGGCCUCCAUCACCGUCUAUAACUCCGUGGUGUUUGGCUUCUUCAGUAACGCUCAGCGGCUGAUCAGCAAGUAUCGCUAUGGCGACGGGCGCCACCCCUGCGGCCUGUUGGACCUGACGGCGGCCAGCAUGUUGACCGGGCUGGUGUCGGUGGUUCUGGGGGCUCCGGUGGACCUGGUCAAGAUCCGCCUGCAGAUGCAGACGCAGACGCUCCUGGCAGAGAACCUCCAUCUGGCAGGUACGGUGCCUAGCGGUUCAGACGUUCCCCUGCGUUCCGUGGGUGUUCCGGUCCAGGGCGGGUACCGCGGGCCCAUCCACUGCAUCAGCAGCAUCCUUCAGGCCGAGGGCGUCCAGGGCCUGUACCGCGGCGCCGGGGCCAUGGUUCUCCGGGACGUUCCGGGGUACACGCUCUACUUCAUCCCCUACACCAUCUUCUGUGACCUGCUGAGGCCCGACGCCACCUCCACCCCCAACCCCUGCGCCAUCUGGCUCGCUGGAGGCCUGGCAGGGUCUAUUUCCUGGGUCACGGCGACGCCAGCCGACGUGGUGAAGAGUCGGAUGCAGGCGGACGCUCGGCUGCACAGGAAGUACAAGGGCAUCGUCCACUGCAUCGUCCACAGCUAUAGGACGGAGGGCGCUCAGGUUUUCUUUCGGGGGGCGUCAGUCAACGCCAUCCGUGGUUUCCCCAUGAGCGCCACCAUGUUCCUGACCUAUGAACUGUCCCUUCAGUUCUUCAGGAGUUUCUGACCCGACUCGUCUGGAGGUCUGGGUUCUACGAGGUCUGGGUCCUGGUCUGGUUCUGGAUCACCUCCAUCUACUGGACUGAACCUGAACCUGAUCAGAAUCUGAUGGUCCAGAUGGUUGGAAGACCACGACAAACGCCCCCACAUGAUGAAGAUGAAGAUGGAGAUGAGAGCAGGUCACGUCCAUCCUUUUAUCAAGAACACGUUGACGUUCGUCUGAAACUAACGUGAAGAACCGGACCUUUUCAGAUGGAACGUUUAGUUUGAGUUUUUAGUCAAAGUUCCAUUUUUGUUCAUUUAGUUCAAUCAGUUAAUUUAGUGUUUUUAAUACAGAGUCACAUCAGAACCAAAGGAGUGUGAGAACACUUUACAUUUAGAACUGGACUAAAACACACUCUAGGUUUAAAGUCAGUGGAACCGACAGAACUGCAACCACACCAUUUAACCUCAAAACAUUAAUGUGUUUGAACAUGUCACAUUCUGGGGUCAGAGGUCAGGGUUUAGGGGUCAGGGUUUAGGACUCAGAGGUCAGGGUUUAGGACUCAGAGGUCAGGGUUUAGGGGUCAGGGUUUAGGACUCAGAGGUCAGGGUUUAGGACUCAGAGGUCAGGGUUUAGGGUCAGAGGUCAGGGUUUAGGGGUCAGAGGUCAGGGUAUAGGCUGUUUGGCUCCGCCCUCUUGAACAUGAUGUUUGUGUGUUUCUUAUAUUAAGAAAAGUCCGUUUUUAAGUUAAUUUUAACUUCACUUGAUCAAAGCCUUUAGUGUUUUUUUUUUUUUUAAUGUUCGUUCGUCCGCCAUUGUCUCACCGACUCAACAGUUACAUAGUUCUUACCCAUAAUGCAACGAGGUUAAACAUCCACCCAGAUGUGGAGGUGACGCCUCUGGUUUUAACACGAACCGUUUCUGUUUCUUAAAUGUAUGUAAUGAAUCACAGAUGUUCUUAUGGAAUGAAAAACCCUCAAUCAUUCAUGACAUUUUAUAUUUGUAGUUUUUUGGUAUAAAUACUUGUACAUUUUUCACUGUAGAUGAUGGAGUUUCACCAGCGUCUCCAUGUAAAUAAAAGUGUUGAAACU